AUGAAAACCUUUCAUCCAGGAGACAAGGUUUUUGCGAAAGUUCGUGGACAUCCACCGUGGCCUGCAAGAGUGGAAAAUGUAGUGGCGUCAACUUCCAAUAAUGUAAAAUACACUGCUUUCUUUUAUGGUACUGCAGAGACUGCUGUUUGUAAAGUUGAAGAUCUGCUUUUGUAUUAUGAAAACAAAGAAAAAAAUGGAAAACCAAUAAAGUGCAAAGAUUAUACCCAGGCGCUAGCACAGAUUCAGGGAAGAGAUCCUCCACCUCCAAAUAUGCCAGGUAGUAUUCCAACUACACAAAGUGCAGGUGGUGAAAGUGAAGGUGAAGGAGAUUUGGUCGUUGAUGAAGCACCGAGAACUUCUGUUCAAAGCCAUCACUGCUGCAUUGGAGAAGGUGCCAUUCAAACCACCAUACUUGCUGCUGACGAAGGAUUUUCUCAAGAACAAAAACCUUCGGUGAAAAUUGAGAAAAGUAUUGCAGAAAUAGAAGGUGGUGCAAAAGAUCUUAAGAAAACUCUGAAAAAGAAGCAGUUGGUGAGGGCAAAUGCUCCAUCAGGUCAAGCUGUUCGCAUCCGUAUAAAUACAGAUGAAGAGAAAUCUCUUGAAGGUGCCCUUAAAUUGAAGUAUUUAAUAGAAGCAGGUGAUAUCAUUCCGAAUGCAAACAUACCUUGA